AUGAGCAAUAUUGCGUUUUAUCUGCCUGCCGCGCUGCAGCUUGUCAUGCCGACCGAUGCAGCGGUAUCGUGGUGCGUGCCGUCCGCCGACGUCCUCCGCGAUGGCCAAGAGGCCCUCGGCACAUUGAACACGGGGAGAAAUGCGUCCCUCAUCUUUUUCGGUCAGCCGCUAACGUUGGAGCAGACCCUUCUCGCGAACGAAGCCGACAGGGAGCCGGAAAGCGAUGAGACCGACUUUCUUAACGCCGCUGGUGUGUACGUGAUGCAGUGCGAUUGCCGGAAUCGAGGCGUUGUCGCUUAG